GAACGUUUUGGGAUCCGUCCAAGUCGGCGAACGACUGUUUUGACAAUACGACAUCGGGAGGAAUCGGCGUCAAGAUGAUCAAGUUCAUCGCCGUUUUCGGGCUUCUAGUAUCAUGUUCCGAGACGCAAGACAUAAGGCCGGUGUUCGCUCUUUUCCACUCGUUCGAGCUCGAAGGAUCCGAACCUAUUUGGAUGGCACGAGCGAAAGUCACUGUCGAUGCGUUGACGCACAAUCCUUCGAACAGAACUGCUUCGAAGGCGAUGAUUUCCAUCGAAUCGAAUCAGCUGACACCCGAAGAGCGGAGGAAGGUAGACAACCUCGCGCUCUCCGGAAAACGCUAUCAAUUGAAGGCCGUGGACACCUCGACAGGACAUCAUGUUAUAGCUUAUACCUACCACGCAGAUCCUCUCCAGCAAACUCUGAAGCUCUCUUUGGACCCCUCCGGGUUCCUCGAAGGAGUCACUUUUCUUCCUGCGGGUCGCGAACAGGUGAUUGUUGACAUCAUGCAACUGGCUCCUCAGCCGGAAACGGCAACGUAUAUUCAACGCAUGGACCACGAACGUCGCGAGCGUGAGAAGACUCAGGGACAGGAUAACAGAAACUUUUUCGCGAAGUAUUGGAUGUACAUAGUGCCCCUAGUCAUAUUCUUGCUGAUAUCCGGCGCUGGCAACCCAGAGGGCCAGUGAUCGCGGCGUUUGAUUUAUUGGAUUAAUUACGUUUUUUUAACUUGGGAGCGCGAAUGUGUGUAAUAUAUUGAGAGUGAACGAGCUGUGAAAUAAAAGAGGGGAGUCCAGUGACUCUCCUCCGAGA